AUGAAGUUUUCUAUCCUUGUGUUAUUUGUAUUCGCCUCGCUAGUCUUUGCGCAGGACGAGUGGGAUGACUUUUACAAUAACUUCGCCACGGAUCUAACCCCUCUGCUGGCUUUAUUCGGAGAGCAGGUCACCAAACAGUUCCUGAGCGAGUCAACUUCUCUUCUAGAUAACGUUAUUUUCGCUGCUGCCCCGCUGGGCAUCCUAACGGCUAUUGUAUCUGUCAUCCGGGUCUGCGGAAGCCCAUCACUCCGAGCGUUUAUAGGACGAGCGCAGGAAGGCCGAGGAAUAGCUGAAGUAGAACUUUGCUCCUCCACCAGUAACGACAUCUUGGAGCUUAUUUACGACAAGAACAACGGAGCAUUUUACGACUCCAGCGGGUCACCAUCAAAAGCUCAUCUUUUCCCCUCGAGGGAAUAUUUUCAACAGAAAAAGCUCGAAGCUGUUGGCGGGCGUGAGGUAGACGAUGGGGAUACCCAAAAUUUCACGGAUGAAGAUCCGCUUGAAAAAGAAGAAAGUCCUACAUCCGCCGGGACUGUCCUCUUGGUAACGGGUAUGUUCCUGUGUGCAUGGCUUAUUGAGACGACGACCGAGGAGAAGGUUUUCAAAAAGCGAGUGCGAAUGUACUGGUUACAGCAAGGUGGUCAAACAAUCGGUGACCAAGUUUUCGAUGCAUUUGCCCAUUCAGCAGAUUUGGAUGAGUAUAUGACCUCAUGGAAACGAGAAGGGCCAAUUACUCGAGCCAGGGAGGGGCUUGUGUGGCUCGCCGUUGGAAGCACAUCAGUCGGGUUUGUUCUUCAAUUUGUCGGCCUGCGAGGUCUCCAUUCGUUUGUCGCAUUGUUUCAACUCGGAGCAACAGUGAUAAUGGCCAUCGUCCGAGCCGGACUCAGAUCCCAGCGCCUAGGAGAGGGAAGGAAUGAGCUACGUGAUUCCGGAAGCUCUGUCAACGGACACGAAUUGGACUGGUUUGCUCACCGCGUUGACCGGGAAAAUUGUCCUCAGCGAUUCUUGGAAGGCACGUGGGAAGUGUACCCGACAGUCCCCAGGUGUCCGAACGAGGAUCCUGGCGAAAACAAGAUACAGGUCAGCGGACUAUACGGUGAUGUCUCGGAGAGCGGAUCCGAAACCAUGAAAUCGGUGAUUAAAUGGAUAUCUAGUCUUCAGUCGGAUGGUACAGAAGCCAGCGAAAACCCACAUAUUGCUGCCCGGAUUUUAUAUUACAGAGCUCGACUUUCUCGCUUAACCCAAGAGCAAUCCACUUCCCUCCCUGAAGAGUGGCAAAUAGAUGUUCGGAGACACGCACAGAGUUUAAAGAUUGCUCUCGAGGACGUGGCGAGAAUCAUAUUCUCUGGGCGGUUCCAGUUGAAGCAGGGCUGGGAAGAUAUUUCGGCGAUAUUUUGGACGGUAGAUAUUGUCACCGAAAGCCCCGACGAAGGUGUACGACCUAUCCAUGUCAUCAUCAAGCGCGUAAAUGGUGCUUGGAGAACCGAUUUAUCCGAGUUGGAAGCCAUUCUUGGAUUAUGGAUUUGGUCAAUACGGAAUGGGUCUAAAUACACAAUACCAAAUCCGGAUAAAUUCUUCGCUCUCGUGAGGUCGUGGGAUGAGGUUGAAAGAGUUAAGUUGGACCUAUUAACAUGGGUUUCGGGUUCUCUAAAGCGUGAUUUUGCCGUAUGGGAAUGCUACGACCCGGAGUUUGAUAUAGCUUGCCAGGACUUAGACCACCUCCCAGUGCUCUCAGUACCUCUUUCUAUUCAAAAACGGAAUUCAUUGUACGGAUAUAGUCAGAGCUUCAAUUGCAAUGCAAAGGCCUUAUAUGUCUCAACAAGACAUGGGUUGCCAUUGAUGUGCGCACAGGAUAUAUUUACAAUCUUUAUCUGCCGGGUGGUGAAUGCAAUUCAAGACAUUUCAGACUUUGAACCUUUCCUUGAGGCUGGUGGCGACACAGUCCGUUCACAGGAUGGUAGCUUUCGGCUUGUCAACCGGCACAUUGACUCGAUUGCUGAGGCGUUUAGAAACGCGGGUCUUGGUUCUAGGGAAGAUGCUUUGACGAGUAUGAUCCCAAUCCUACGAGCUCAUUCUCUGCUUGUCAUACCAGAAAAUAUCAAAACGUCUGUAUUAACAUUGGCGGCCGAACGGAGGCGAAAGAAUGAUUUCGUUAAUGCAGAAGAUAUGCUUCGUUGGAUCUAUCAUAAUUUGAAUAAUGGAACGCCAACAGAACAGAAGGUUCUGACAAGGGAGCUUGGGGAGCUUUAUCGCCGCGCACUGCAGGCCGAGGACAUCAGAACACGGAGUUUUGGUUAUAACGGUAUUCUUAAUGUAUUGGAUACCUUUCAGGGUUCUGAAAGGGUGGAUGAAAUAAAGCAAAAUUAUAUAUGGGCUGCGGUUCAAUUUGCCUCAAUAAACCAGGAUCUGACAUAUAGAGCCGCCCUUAGCAAAGCAAUGAAACGCAAUCUGGCCGACGGACUAGACAACAUGAGCAUAUCUGCCGCGCUCAAGUGUGAACCUUUUUAUCCAGUGUGCUUGAUAAUCGCAACAAAAUGGCGUGCGGAGGUUUGUGACCCAAUCCCGCACCUAGAUGUGCCUCCUCUGUGCCUUGCCGCACGGAGGGGAUGCUGGGAAUUGGUAGAAGACUUGCUUAGUCUUUCUUUUGAUAUCAAUGCGCAAGAUCAAGAAGGCCGUACAGGAAUGUUCUUUGCUGCCGAAUGGGGUCACUACGACACGGUGCGUUGUCUUUUGGACUAUAAUGCUGCGCUGGGCCCUAACAACCUAAACCAAUCGCCGCUUUGGAUCGCCGCGGCAAACGGACAUAACACAGUGGUGGAACUCCUUCUUGAGAAUGGCGCAAAUCCCGAGCAACAGGACAUCGGGGGUUGUUCCCCACUUUGGAUUGCGGCGGCUAACCAACAUGAGGCUACGGUAAGAAUGCUUCUUGGUCGAAACGCAGACGUCAAUUCCCGAAAUAUAGACGGUGAUACUCCCUUGAUGGCGACAGCGCGGACUAGAUCAGAAGCUGUCCUGUCUCUGUUGUUAGAUUUCGGCGCCGAUAUGAACGCUAAGGCUAGGGACGGGUAUAAUGCAUUAUCCUAUGCUAUAUCUUCAAAAUGCAUUGAAAACAUAUCCCUAUUUCUUGACAGGGGCUGCCAUUUGGAGGACCGGAACGGUUUAGGCUGGACUGCAUUACUCACAGCGGUGGGAAGCUGUGAGCCGAGUGGAGAAAUGGUCGCGUUCCUGCUUGACGAAGGGGCUUACGUUGAGGCCAAAGACGAGCGCGGUAGAACACCGUCGCUGGUUGCAGCAGAAAUGAACCGUCCACUAGAGGUUAUAAGAGCUUUGCUUGCGAGGAAAGCAGCUGUCAAUGCCACAGACGCAAAAAAUCUAACCCCCUUGGAUUUUGCGGUGAUCAACAGACGAGCGGACAUUACACAAUUGUUACUGGAGUUUGGUGCGGACACUGAAUGCAAAGGGAACAAUUACAUGACACCAUUGUUCCAAGCCGUGGCCAAUGGAGAUGCGGCAAUUGCGGAAUUGCUCCUUGAGCAUGGAGCGGAUCCGAGUCAUCACGCGGCCGGCGUAUCGGUCCUCACAAAGUCCAUCGAUGUAGAGCGGUUCGAUAUAACGGCAAUGUUACUGAAAAAAGGCGCCUUUUUAGGCCACUGGUAUGAAGAUGUGAAUGCCUACUUCUGUCGUGUCAUGGAGACCCAGGACGAGGAACUCGUCAGGUUGCUGCUUAAGCACUGUAAGAACCUACAAGCACACUGGCAAAUACUUCAGAGGGCAGAGGAGAUAGGCAACGAGAGAAUUGUUAAAAUGUUACUUGAUCAUGGUGUGAGACCAUACCCGAAGUCUCCGGCCCGGGAGGCCGCGAAGACAGGUAAACCGGAUUAUAAAGCCAUAUAG